AUGUCGUUGGACUCGUUAGUGUACUCUACAGACCCUAGACAUCCUGCCAACUUGAUUUGCACUUUGUGCAGGCAGUUCUUCCACAACAAUUGGUGCACUGGCACCGGUGGAGGCAUAUCGAUCAAGCAUCCAGAGACAGACAACUACUUCAUUGCGCCGUCUGGCGUACAAAAGGAGCUAAUGGAUCCGGAAGACCUGUUUGUCAUGGAUUCCAGGACGCAGGAGUAUCUCAGGGUUCCAAAUAACUUGAAGCCGAGUGCGUGUACGCCUUUAUUUGUAGCGUGCUACCAGCAUCGUAAUGCUGGAGCAGUUAUCCAUACGCAUUCCCAAAAUGCAGUCAUUUGUUCCCUUCUUUUCGAUGAUGAGUUCAGGAUCGCCAACAUUGAGCAAAUUAAAGCCAUCCCAAGCGGCAAGGUGGACUCCCAGACUGGUAAAGCUAUCCCACUUUCGUUCUAUGACACUCUAGCGAUCCCGAUAAUCGAAAAUAUGGCUCACGAGGACCAGCUGAUAGACUCUCUUCUGGAAACGUUCGAGAAGUAUCCACAUACAUGCGCCGUGAUCGUCAGAAGACACGGAAUCUUUGUCUGGGGUCCAACGAUUGAUAAGGCCAAGAUCUUCAACGAAGCCAUCGACUACCUCAUGGAGCUGGCAGUAAAGAUGCACCAGCUGGGCAUCCCACCAGACUGCGCCAUAGGCGAAGAGAAGAAAUUCAUUACCAAAAGGUUCGAGUGA